UCUCGGUCAUGUUCAUCUCUUCAUCAUAAACCUGGAAAGAGAGAGUCAAACCUAAAAUGAAGAGUUUGAGAAGAGCUGAAUCUAUUAAUGACAGGAGAUCAGUGAAUAAGAGAGAAGAAUGAAGAUCAUCUGGACUUUCACUCUGCUCAUGAUUCCUGGUGUCAUGAGUGUGACUGGAUAUGCAGGAGGUGACGUGAACAUCACAUGCACAUAUAAGACUAAAUAUUUCCAAAACGCAAAGUAUUUCUGUAAAGGGAAGAAGCCGGAGAGAAUCAAACAUCAGUGGUGCUCUCAACUCAUCAGGACUACAGAGGAAGAGAAAUGGGUUCAUUCUGGAAGAUUCUCUGUGUUUGAUGAUAGAAGAUCAGCAGUUUUCACUGUGAUCAUGAGGAAUCUGAGUCUGCUGGAUUCUGGGAUUCACCAGUGUGCAGUUCAUAGAUCUAAUAGUAAACACUCCUACUCUGAAGUGAAGCUGGUUAUAACAGAGAGAAAGGAAGUCCAGACAGCAUCAUCCUUCACAUCAGCUCAGACUCCACUGAUCACUUCUCCUGCUCAAGACUCGUCUCUCGCUGUUGGUCUGUCUGUGCUUCUGCUUCUGGUCAUCAGUCUGAUUCUGUCAGUGAUUCUCUGGAGGAGGAGGAGGAGGAGGAAGUCUCCAUCACUCAGUACUGAUUCUCCAUCCGGAAGAUCUCACACAGCACCAGCAGCCAGUGACUCGGUUUCUCCCUCUAGUGACUCUCAGAUCUGCAUCUCGUCUGCUGAGGAUGUGAAUUACGCAGCGGUGACUUUCCUCAAGACAUCAGACCGUCCUGACAGUGUCCGUUUGAGGAAUCAUCAGGAGUGCAGUGAAUAUGCUGCCAUCAAUCAUCGUCUCACUGCCUGAGGAGACUCAGUGUAAGAGGGCGGAGCUACAAACGGCAGUGCGGGAACAUGGUUGUCCCAUUCUAACCUUUGAUUUGGCCCACCAUCCCAUUUGAAAAGCGAGGGAGAACGAUGGGGAGGUGGUUGGAGUGAAUAUCUUUGACAAAGAUAGUUGUUUUGAAUUUAAUGUAACAUUUAGUUUGUUUGUUUUGUAAUUUGUUUUGGAAAUUAAUUGGAUUUUUUUUAAAACGUAAAUACUGUCACGAAAUGGAUAGAGAGCAAUGCACAAUACAUCAGUGAGCAUUCAUUCAUUCAUUUGCUUGUCGGCUUAGUCCCUUUAUUAAUCUGGGGUGGCCACAGCGGAAUGAACCGCCAACUUAUCCAGCAUUUGUUUCAUGCAGCGGAUGCCCUUCCAGCUGCAACCCAUCACUGGAAAACACACUUAUUCACACACUACAGACAAUUUAGACUACCCAAUUCACCUGUACUGCAUGUCUUUGGACUGUGGGGGAAACCGGAGCACCCGGAGGAAACCCACGCGAACGCAGGGAGAACAUGCAAACUCCACAUAGAAACGCCAACUGACCCAGCCGAGGCUCGAACCAGCGACCUUCUUGCUGUGAGGCGACAGCACUACCUACUGCGCCACUGCGUCGCCCACAUCAGCGAGCAAAUAAAGGCAAAGGCAGGUGGCAGCUUAGUGUAUUCAGCAUUCAUCUCUAUUUUGUCAUUAAUUGCAUUAAUUCUUAAUUGACUGCAAUUAAUUCUAAUUUGUAGAAAAGGCUGUGAUGUACUGUAUAUACAGCCCUCUUGUGACUUUACUAAAUAUUACACUCAUGACGCAGAUUCCCCUUAAAUGAUCCCUUUAAUAGUUAACAGGAAAACAUGUCAGAGCAUGGACUGACUUCACUAGCAUUGCAUUGUUAUUGCUGAGUGCGUUCAAAUACAAGUGAGUGACCAUUUGAAGUGUUAUUCCAACACAAUCUCACGGAACUUCGUAACUUUUUGAUUUAGUGGCUAAUUCGUACGAUCUAAUUCGAACAAUUUAGUACGAUUUGCUCAUCCCCCAAUGACGGUUGGGUUUAGGGGUGGGGUUAGGUGCCACGCCUCCUUUUUAAAAUCGUACAAUUUCGUACGACUGAACUCGUACGAAUUCAUACGAAUUAGCCACUAAACUAUAGCAGAACAUAGCUAAAUGUUUAGCUGUCCUUGCCUAUGUUCAGUAUUAUCACUGAUUACUGAUUAUAAUCUUGUAAGUGGGCCAUAGACUCGCUAAUGAAUAAUUAUGUGAAAUGAGUAAAGGGUAAUAUUUGGGUAGAAUAUUAACUGUUUGUCACUUUGAGCAUCUACAUAUUGUUACUUUAUGUUAUAAGUGAUAUUGAUGCUGAGAUUUAAGCCAUAAUGACUGAUUCUCUUAAGUUUACGAGUUAGAGUACAUGAUACCAAUUCACAAGUGUUAAUCAAUGACAUACAUGUCUGAAAAUGUCAGUAUGUAGCUAUUAC